AUGGCCCUGCGCCAGAACAAACGGUCCUUCGCGGACUACAUCUCCGACUUUGAGAUGUUGGCCGCAGAUGCGGGAUACAAUGUGGUCGACACCACCGACGACAAGGGCGAAUACAAGAAGGGAGAUCAAGACAAUAUCCUCAUCGAGUUCCUGGAGCGCGGACUCAGUAGCGAGAUUGCCAGUCGUCUCUACAACACGGGUGUUCCUCUGCCCAAGGCCUAUGGGGCGUUCAAAGCCUGGUGCAUCAACAUCGAGGCAAAUGCCCUACGCGAUCAGCUGUGCAAAGCAUUGCAUGCGCACUCCGCACCACGACCGCCUCCCCAAUUCCGCCCACAGGUAGCCCCAAUGACACCUGCACCCGCCCCGACCCGACCCGCCGCCAACGAGCCGGUUCCGAUGGAAGUCGAUCGCACCCACGCUCGCGGCCGCAAUAUCAUCUGCUACAACUGCCAGCAGCCUGGGCACAUUGCACAGAACUGCCCGGAACCAAGGAAGAAGCGCACAUUCUUCAAUCGGGCCACGAUGCUGGAAGAGAUCGAGAACGGGGACAAGGACAACGAGUUCCUCAAGGAGAUUGCCGAGAAGCUGCGCGAGAAGGGUUUUUGA